GCCUCCCACCAGCCUGCUGACGGCUGUGGACGAGGAAAUGGCUCUCUUCGGGGAAGCACUGCCGUCUGUGAAGCGUCAGGUGGAGGAGGAGGCACUGGAGUCCUCCAAGAGGGUCAAGGCUCAGGCUCAGGUACCCAAAGGGGGUGGGAAGGGCAGGAACGGCCGAGGCAGGGGUGGUCGCGGGAAAAGUGGAGGCUUAGGGGGAAGCAGCCACCAAGGGGCACUGGGACACUCGGCGUGGGGGAGGACUCUUCUGGGCAGCGACGAGGCACUGCUCAGGGCUCUCCUUCAGCUAGCACUCAGACACGAGGACCUCCUGCAGAGGUUGAGUCUGGACACGACCCACGUUUGGAUGUUCGAAAAUGUCCAGGGACCGCAACAGGUCUUGAGCAUGAUGUACAACGUCACACAGACGUGGAAGAAGCUGCGCGACGAGACUCCCGAGAAGCUCACACGCAACUUGCGCACAACGGUAAUCCUGGCUCUCUUCCAGGAACUGUCCUUGCGUCUAGCCAGAGUUCGGGAAGUGCCGGAGGCCAAAGAGGUGGCGGAGAAGCGAGGCUGGCUGUUGAACGGCAAGUGGCUCUACUUGAGGUGGAGUCACGACCAGGGAGCUCUGGUGAGGGACACAGAGGCGGAGCCACUGUCUCUGGAAGACUUGGAGACGCAGGUACAGCGUGCUCUGGUGCUGCUGAAGAGCCCUGGUGUUCUUCACAAGUUCCAGUCCACUCGCCCGCUGGCGGAGGAACUGUCAGGAAGCACACUCUGCUUCCUGAGCGAGCUGUCUCUCCGAGGCCCCGAGGCUCAGGAGCUGUGGAACUUGAUCAAUUCAUGGUAUGGGCUGGCGGCUCUCAACAUGAUUGGUCUUCGAAUCCGACCGGCCAGAGCACUUCGCUCCAAGUUGGCGGAUCAACUUCAGCAGAGCUUAGGCAGGCAGGCCUUCCUCAGUGUGCUCUCAGCUCGUCGUCCGCUGACACUUCUGGGUCAUUCCCUCUGGAAGCAGGUGAUACGUGAUUGGCAUCCGCGAUAUAUGUUCCAACAGGACGCGGGUGAGUUCCUGACUCACCUUCUUGCUGAAAACGUUCCCGCAUCACUUGAGGGUGUGUGGCUUGAGCGAUACAUGGAUGUGACGGGGCAGGUGCAGUCACGUGAUGUGUCCAGUGCCAACCCAUUACCGAUAGCACUGGAUCCCGCUGCUGGAGUAUCCACGGUUCAGGAGCUGGUGUCUUCAUGGCAUCACGUGCCAGGGGAGACGAAAGUCAAGGCCUUCCUGAUGCCACCCUCAUGCCUGUGCCUGCAAUUACUUCGGUUCCAGUAUGACCGUAGACUUCAGUGCGCUGUGAAGACUCAGACACCCAGCAUCUAUCCGAGAGAGAGGUUUCUUCGUUUGCCUUGCUUUAGUGGCAAUGGCAUGGAGUGCUCCUCAGUUCAGUAUCGCUUGGAGGCUGUGUCCUUGCACCAUGGCCUGACCCCGCAACAAGGUCACUACACAUCCAUCCUCUUGGAUGGAGGAUCUGAGGGCGCUUGGCAUGCGAACGACGGGGUGUCAGCAAAACCAGUCGCGGCAGACCACCUUUCUUCUUUGCUGGCAGAUGCAUACUUGUUGUGGCUGCCUCUGUGCACUAGUGAGCUAACGGAGGAGGCUGCCUCCUUGAGGGCCUCCUUGUACAGCUUGGUGUGGCCAGGUGUGUCCCGGAAGAAGGUGGAAAGCCUUCAGACGCAAAGCCCCAACUCGCAAACUUCGACGGUGCAAGUGGCUGAAACCGGAUGGACCACUCACAACGAGUACAACACCAGGGCCUGGCACGUGGUGCACUCGGGUCUUCGUAACACCGCUGAUAAACAUGUGGACAUAUUAGGCAUCUAUCAGCAUGCCUGGAACCACUCUGUCCCCAGUACGGAGAUGCUUGCUAGGUCUUCUGGCUCCCUUGUGGGGCCUGGCGUGGUUCAAUCCGCUUCACCUGCCGCGGACGCCGAGUCCUUACAGUACAUUGUGGAGUCAAACCAGUUGAUUGCCCUCAACACGUGGGGACCCAAAGCCAAUGCGGCGACGUACACCAAUGCCGACAUCCGCACUCAAAUCGAUUUCCUGUUGAGUCGACUUCGGGACGCCGUGAAGCGCAACACUCCGAUCGCACAACAACUCAAGCUGGAGGCAUGGAAGUUUUAUGCGAAAUUUCAGCGUCUGCAUGCGGCGGUGAAGAAGCGCGGACGGCAGCGACGCAAAGAGUUGUUCAUGGAGCUGGUGGCGGGAAUCCAGGAAGCUGCGCGCAAGGGAGAUCAACGUGGACUUUAUUCAGCAGUCAAGAAAAUUGCGCCGAAGACCACCAAAAUUCGCAUGGGGUUUAGGGACAAAGGGGGAGCAAUGAUGAACGCAGAGGCCGAGAUGAAGAUGCUAAAGGACUACUGUGAGUCGGUCUUUGGUGUCGGUGAGUCUGUCCUGGAGGGUGUUGCAGUAGAGGAGCCUGUACAUUUGGACGUUUCCUCCUUGGGGGAGGCGCUGCGCAAAAUGAAGACAGGAAAGGCCACCCCGCCGGGCAUCGCGCCGGUUGCAGUAUGGAAGCUUUGUGCUGAUGAGCUUCUUCCGAUGCUCGCGGACUACAUACAGUGUCACUGGGGCCACACAUUCUCCAUUCCCACCCUUUGGACUGAUGCUCAUAUGGUGUGGUUGGACAAGGGCAAACCCAUUACCGGUCCGGCUGACUUGCGCCCCAUUGGCUUGCAGGAUGUUGGAGGUCGCAUUGUGGCGCGCGCGCUUAAUCAACUUAUUGCGCCCCAUGUUCACGCUGCCCUACAAAAUCUCCCUCAAUUUGCUUAUACCACUGGUAGACGAAUAGAGUCCCCCUUGGCCAGAGUGGCACAGCACUGUAUCAUUGUUCAGGACAUCUUAGCCAAACAGCGGCUCACUUUACAUGACAAACGUCGUGGAGCUGUUCCUCUUGAUUGUUGUGGGGGCUUGCUGCUGGCACUAGAUUUAUCCAAGGCCUUCGACACGGUGUGCAGAGCUCGAAUGAUGCAUUCACUUCGAAUGUGCGGGGUGCCCGAAAACCUCGUGACCUUGUUGGUCCAGUGGCACAAUCAAGUGGUGUACCGCUUGACCUGGAAAGGCCUCAAGGCAAUCUUGAUACCGCAGAAGUCCCAGAUUACCUACCUUGGCAUCGUCGCAGCAUACGACAACUUCAGGAUCCUCCAUGCCAGGCGCCAUCUCAGCACCAGUAUGAGACUCAAGCUUUGGAAGACUACGGUGUGGGCUUCCAUGAUGUAUGGCAUACCAGCAAUCGGUCUGGAUGAUAGAAGUGCUGAGGUAUUGGUACGUAAAGCUCUCAAGCACAUCCGAGCGAUUACCAACGAUCAGGUCCAUAUCACGGGCACCAGCCACAUGAAGUUGCUCACUCAGUGGGGCCUUCAACACCCACUCGUGGAACUGCAUGAACGCUCUGAGGCCUUGCUUACCUAUGCCCAGACUUCGGUGGACCCAAUGGUCAACAAUAAGCAGGCCCUGACGUGGCUCACCAAUGUCACAGCGGACUUUCAUGCACGUGCCCGAGCAGCUAUUGCCCAGGAUAACAAUGUGUUCGAUGUGCCGGAGGGCGCGGUGCUUCCCUCGGAAGGCACUGCCCCUGGUGAAGUCGUGGCGCUGCUCCAUUGUUUCGGCGUCCCUGCAGACCAUGACUCGGGCCUAAUUGUUCCAGAGCAUCCUCCUGUGCAAAUCAUGGACGCCAAGGCCCCCAGUCCGGGAACUCACUCGACGCCUGAUGCGGAGACUCCCGCCGGAGAUGAUGAAGGUCCUAUCUUGCAACGUCCUUGGGUCGUGAACUUCAUCAGUUCCCAUGGUUGGCAGGAUAUGAUGGUGAAGACGUCGCUGAGAGAUGAGCUUGAUUGUACGUGUGUCGUGUGUGGCAAAACUCCUGCGAACCGUACUCUAGUUAAAUCGCACUUCCGAAAGACGCAUGUGCAGCUUUGGAAUGACUUUCAUCAGAAAGCCGAUGAUAUGUGCAAGCUUUUGGUCAUGUUCUUGGUUGCACUGUCGCUUGGCAAUGUGCGAUGCUUCAAUGCAUUCUCCGAGGUCAGCAUGACAUUGACGGCCGCGGACGAGGAAAUGUUGCUCUUUGGGACGCAGCUCCCAUCAGUGAAGCGCAUGAUGCAACAGCAGGAGACAGAAAGCCAACAGGAUCAAGGUCACCACAAGCGCCUCAGGGGAACGGGUCAGGGCAAGGGGCGAGGUCACAAGGGCAGAGCCCCCAAGAAGUCAGGCCAGGAUCACUUGAUGAACGAGGUGGAGACUUCCCUUCUGGAUGCCAUGAUGCGCCUCUCCUUGAAACACGAGGAUCUGUGGAAUCGUCUUCAGCAGGACACCACCCAUGCAUGGACAUUCGAGAACACCCAGGAUGCCUCCAACACCAUUCCUCUGCUUUACAAUGUGGCACAGCAGUGGAAGAGUUUGAAGGAAAAGGAACCUCAGAAGCUCACGCGCAACCUGAGAACCACUGUGAUGUUGGGUUUAUUGCAGGAGCUCCACACCCGCGUGCAACGAGUCAAGGACGUGGAAGGGGCAGCACAUCAGGCAACGGGAAGGGGAUGGCUGCGUCAAGGCAGCUGGCUUUACAUGAAAUGGGACGCGGACAGUCAGCAGCUAGUGGAGGACAAGGAGCGCGAGCCUCUCCCAGCAGAUAUCAUCCUCGGAACGUUGAACGAGGCGGUAACGUUCCUCAAGGAAGGCACCCUACUUCACAAGUUUCAGGCGACGAGGCCACUGGUACAGGACAUGAAAGGGGAGGUGCUCACAUUCUUGUCGGAGCUAUCGGUCAGGGGGCAGACGUCGGAUCGCAUGUUCGAAAUCCUCCGGAUGUGGGAAGGAAAUGCCGCCUUGAAGAUGGUAGGAGUCCGCAUCAGGGGUGCCAGGCCUCAGAGAUCGAAGAUGGCAAACCUCAUCCAGCAGUACUUGGACCAACGCUGA